GUGACACACUCCCGCCAAUUCCGACUGAGGAGCGCGAGGCAGGCAGCGGGGUAAACCAAGGGAGUAUGUGGGAGAUGCGGAAAGUUAAUGCGCUAUGGUUUAUGUGAAAUAAAUUGGAAAUACAUGUCGUUUGAACAACAAGUCUAGAUUCGAUUCAUAAUCGCGGGCAUUCUCGGGUGUUUACACGAUCUGCCCCGUUGUUUUGAAGUCGGUUCACCGGAGAAUAUUGCUAACUAGCGGGGCCCCGGGUUAGUGGUUGGGAUGCUGGCGGCGGAAAACCCAUCCGUGGACGGACAUUUGGCAGCAUCGACUCCCCGCAGAAGAGGUAUGGCUUGUAAGUCAAACAACAAUGCCAACAAGAAACUUGUACAAGCUCGUCUCCCAUUCAAGCGCCUGAACCCUGAACCUAAAGAGAACCAGCCGCCUAAACGCCCCUGUGAACAUUCCUGCCCUGAACAAGGAGUCUUAGACAGGGAGAAUAACGACGAGUCCUCUCCACCCCCUGUGUGCAACGGACCACCCUUGGUUAAUGGUCGCGGGCCCCUUGAUGGCUUCCUCAGCCGCAGGCGUCCUGCAGGCUCAGAUGAGAACAUGGUUAUAGAUCUUACUGACGAAAACACGUCAUCUCCUGUAAAGUGCCUUGUUUUACCAGCUCCUGACUCUCCCUGCCGCCCAACAAAAGACAAGCAUCAAAGCAAAGACAAAACCACCUCUCCUGGGAAAUCCAGUAAUGUCGAUCACACUCCUAAAACACACACUUUAGACUGCAUAGAAGUCAAUAAUGAUGAAGGAGACGAGGAUGAGGACGAGGAAGAGGAAGAAAAGGAAAAAGAUGGGAAUGAGACAACAUCUGUCUCUCAGCUUGACACAACGCAGGAUUCUGACAGUGAGCCAGAGGAGCAGAAUGAGUCAGGAAAUGUUUCCAGUCUGGGAAACAGGUCCAUGCUGUCAGCUUCAUCAGUCAGCUCCAUGUCUGAAAGCUCACCAGAGAAGUCCAACACUGAUGACCCUACACCCACUACUACGCCUACAGAGCCAAAGAAAACCCCCAAGAUACCAGCAGAUCAGAAAAAGAUGAAAAGACGCUCAUUAAAGAGUUUACAAGAACAAGAGGAGAGGCUUCGGCUGCGACAGGAGAAGGAACGACAGAAGGAAGAGGCUAAAGCUGCAAAAGAGAAAAAGAAAGAAGAGGCUCGCAAACUAAAGGAGGAUCGAGAAAGGGAAAAACGUGAGAAAAAGGAAAAAGAUGAACGAGAGAGACGAGAGAAAAAAGAGAAGGAGGAGAAGGAAAAGGCAGAGAGGUUAAAAGCAAAGGAGGAGCUACGGAAAUCAAAGCUAGAGGCUAAGCUUGAAGAGAAACGGAAGAAGGAAGAGGAGAAGCGAAUGAAGGAAGAGGAGAAACGGUUGAAAGAAGAGAAAGAUCGCUUCAAAGCUGAGAAAGGAGAAAUCACAAGGUUUUUACAGAAACCCAAGAUCCAACAGGCCCCAAAGACACUUGCAGCUGCAUGUGGGAAGUUUGCUCCAUUCGAGAUAAAAGAAAACAUGGCUCUGGCACCACUGUGCCGGGUUCAGUGUGAGGACUCUGUUCUAGAGGAACUAGACCAGUACCUGCGGAACCCUGGUGAUAACCUGAGUGGACUAAAGGAAUGGAUCGGACGAAAACCCCGUUGGUCAGGCCCCACUCAACCCAGACAGACAGACUUGCUCAGGGAGUGUAUAGCAGUGGACAGGCCCAAACCAGAUGGCGUGCCAGACCGUAAACGAUACGGAUCCAUGAAGCUGUUGCAAUUUCAUGAGAACUACCGUCCAGCGUACUGGGGCACCUGGAGUAAGAAGAGUUCACACAUCUCACCGCGCUGCCCCCUCAGACAAGACAAGGAUGUGUUGGACUACGAGGUGGACAGUGAUGAGGAAUGGGAGGAAGAGGAACCAGGAGAGUCCCUCUCACAUAGUGAAGGGGAGGAUGAGGAGGAAGGAGGUGAAGAUGACAAUGACGAUGACGACGGCUUCUUUGUUCCUCAUGGCUACCUUUCGGAUGAUGAAGGGGCACUGGAAGAAUGGGAUGGUGGCGAUGCGGAGAAGCAGAAAAUGCAACAGAAGCUGAAAGCAAGGGAGUGGGAUGAGCUGAUGUCCACAAAGAAGAAGAUGAAGGUGCUGGAGCCAGUGGUGAGGGGCUGCGUCUGGGAGGGAGAAGGACCUGGCUCUGAGCUCUUCCAGCCCUACGCUGUGUGUCUGGUGGAGCCUUUACCGAAGCCAGACACCACCCCCAGCCCAAAGGAGCUGUCACAAAGAGAAGAACAAUUACUCGCUCAGCUGCUGCCUCUGCUGCACGGCAAUCUCAACAGCAGCAAAGUGAUCAUCACUGAGUUUCAGGAGUUUUGUCGUCAGCAGACCUCCUCCUCUUCAUCACCUCCUGAACUGUCCAGCCCUCAGAGCCCCGCAGACAACAUUCCCACCAGAAUACAGCUGAAGCGCCUCAUCAAGAAAAACGCUGUUUAUGAGAAGCGUUCGACUUACAGACGCUGCUGCUGGUACGUGCAUACAGACACUCUGUCCCGUUUUGGCCUGGAGGCUCUUCCAGUGCCCUGCCAGUGGACCUACCUCACCACAGGAGCUCGAGAAGAGUCCCGUGAAGAACCCCAGGCAGCCACAGGCUCUCAGGGAAACUCUCCUACUACACCUCAGACCUCCUCCACCACAUCUUCAUCCUCCAACAAAAGGAAGAGCACAGGCAGCAUGUCAAUCACCAAGUUCAUGAAGAGAUGUGCUGACCCUGAGCAGACGGAAGCAAUGGAGGCAGACGGUUUUCAAGCUGACACUGAGGAUGACGAUGAGGAAGAUUGUAUCAUCAUCUCUGCACCGAAUGGCUCAACCAGUGAGGGAGAUGGCCUGAUGGAAGUCACCCCCUCUGAUGAAGCUGCUCUCCCAGUGGCCAGCGCCGCUCCUACACUUGCCACUGCCUGAGGACAGGACAGGCCCUCACCCUGUCUCUGGUCAUCUAGGGAACCCUGCACCUGCCUCUACCCCAACGCCCAUCUUUCCUUCAUUAAAUUCCUCCCUCCAGGGUCUAAACUCUACUGUGUCCAAGACAGAAUCAAGCAAGAUGAAGCACAGCACUCUGAUACAGGCAAUUCACAGCAGGUCACGCUGGUGUCUGCUCAGUAUUAUGAGUUCCCUGUCACCUAAUUGUGAGUGUCAGGUCCCAUCUUGCCUGUAAAAUGUAGUCGUGCGUAAAAUCAGAGUGCCUGAUUUGAGUAUUAAGGGCAGAUUUGACCAAAUGAUCAUUAACUAUGUGUCUGAUUUUUGCAUUGACGUUUCAGUCAGGCAUGUGUGUUGUGGGCAUCUGCUUUUGCUACAGCAGAUUGGGUUGAACAGAAGAAGAAAGAGCAGAACAGAAAUGUCCGAUUGUCAUGACAAGAAGCAUCCAAGACAUCAAGAACAGCAUUAUUUACGGUUUUGGAAAUGUUGACUUCAUUAUGUUAUUGGAUUUCUAAGUAUCUGGUCAUGUUUCUAAAUGUAUAUAGUUUACCAGAAGUUAGGGUUGGGAAAUAAGAGGCUACAAGUCCCUCUGUACAUUUCCCUUUGUGCAUUUAUUCUGCAAUUUCUAAUUCUGACAACUCAAUGGAGUAGUUGCUAGAUCUGUACCUGUACAGUUAGGUCCGGUGUCAUGUUUUAUAAAUAUGUAUUUUCUGUUUGUUUUGUUGUUUUUUUUUUUUUCAAGAAUACUUGAACAGGAUAAAUUCAUUAAACAUGAAUAAAAGUA